AUGCUCUUUAACUGGAAUGCUAAUAAGGAAGCUUACAACUUCUGGCGCGACAAAGUUAGAGCAAAGAUUAGAGACCCUAAACGACAGGAAGUCCUAGCUCCAGAGAUGCAGCCCCAUGCAUUCGGAUGCAAGCGAAUAUCAUUAGAAAACGGGUAUUUUGAGAUAUUCAAUGAACCUCAUGUUACUUUGGUGGAUGUCAAUUCAACUCCAGUACUCAAGGUGACUGAGAAAGGCAUCAGGACGACCGAAAAGGAAUGGGAAUUCGACUACAUCAUCUCUGCUACAGGAUAUGAUGCAUUCACCGGUGGCUUCAACGAAAUUGAUAUUCGUGGAAAGUCAGGACAGAAGCUCAAGGCUAAGUGGAAGCAAGGUGUUAGGACAUAUCUAGGCAUGGCCGUGUCUGGAUUCCCAAACCUAUUUUUCACCUAUGGGCCUCAAGCGCCAACGGCAUUCUGCAACGGCCCAACUUGCGCCGAGUUGCAAGGCGAAUGGAUCGUUAAGUUGAUGAAUUACACGCAGGGAAGAGGACUAAAGUUGAUCGAGGCACACGAACAGGCGGAAAAAGAUUGGGCCCAAGGCGUCAAAACGAUUGCGAACAUGUCGCUGUUGCCUACUACAAAAUCGUGGUAUAUGGGCGACAACAUCCCAGGGAAGAUCAGAGAACCGCUGGUAUAUCUUGGAGGGGUUCCGACCUAUUACAAAACGCUGAAUGAGAGUGCCGAACACGAAUAUGAGGGAUUUCAACUGGAUUGA